AUGUCGGUCGAUUUGCGUCACAGCUCCAAAGCUGUUGCGGCAUGGCUCCAAGACGACACGAUGCGAUUUUUAACAAAGCCCGAUCCCAAGACGAAAUCCAUCAUCCUUUCCGCCAAGUUCAAUACAGAGGCUGCUUUCUUCGAUCUAGAGGUGCCUGUCACACUCAAGGGCUUAGGAAGCAACAAGGCCUUUCUCCGUAUUUGCGCUUCGACUAUCGCAUCCCUGGUGCUAUCAAGGAGCCCAACAGCUAUGCCGGCAGGGAUACAAGAUGGCUUCAACUCAACGCCUCUCGGCCUCGACUUUACAUUAAACGAUCCUCCUGCUCUUAUUGUUUCCAGUCACGCUCCAGAGCCGUUGUCUGCAACUCGAAAACUCUCCAGAGAUGUUCUCGAUUCAAUACGCGAUUUAUCCAACACCACGACCUUAUCCAUCUACAUCGAAGCAUGCGACGCGCCUACCCAAUUACAAGAUAUCAGCGAUGCAGUUAGCCAAGGCCUGUUUACUUCUCAUACGAUACAACACCAUAUCAGCAGUAUGUAUGGCGGAUUGGGAGGGAAACUCCUCGAUCUCGCGGUUGGAACAUUACCACCAUCAUACGACGAAGCGGCAGCAUCUCCUCCCCCGCCUCCCCCGAUCGACCGGAACAGUAAAAAGCGUGCUCGUCAAGACAGCGAUUCCGAACGGAAAGACAAUACCACCCUUCUUUGGGAUGCAAUCCACGCAAUGUCAAACCGAGUUAAAACAUUGGAGACGGAGAACGAGAAGCUGAAGCAGAAAAACACGGAAUUAUCAGGUGACCUCCACGAUCUCCGAGAGAAAUACAACACGUCACAGAAGACCAAUAUGGAACUGGUUGAAGGCAUGGGCACUCUUCAAGGGAAGUAUGAUGCAUUGGAAGAUCGUCUUACCGAACUUGCGACGACAAAUGAGACAUUUGAGGACACAUAUGAUGCCAGGUUGGUGGAGUUGCGUAACGAUAUGGAUGACUUUGAAGCAAUCGUUCAGUCUGUCGAGGCCGGGCAGAUUACAGAGGAAUCCAUGCAUAAGAUCGAGAAGCGUGUUAUCGAGGAGAUGUUGAGACGGCUUGCCGAAGGUAUCCUCCUUCAAGCUCUUGCCAUUAGCUCAACCCCCCAAUACCGCCCCGCCCGAGCCUAUUCCUCCAUCUUGACCACUACUCUCCCUCGAGGCUACGAUCAGCCCCCCGACACCACCCUUCACUGA